AUGGCUUGCGAUCCAUUCUCAAUUUAUUCUCAAAUUGAGUCAAACCCCCAUGGCAGCUUAAAUGGUAGUAAAGCAUGUCUUCCUGUUUGCAUUUGCCAUAGCAACGCCUUAGCUUUUCCUGUUAAAGUCAGUGUUAGAAAGAGACAAAAAUAUGUCGAGUUGCAUCGAUUCAAGAAGCAUGAGUGA